AUGGCGCCUGCCAAAGUGCCCGAGGACGACGACGAUCCCGUUACAGCAGAGUACGAUGUCUACUUAACACCCUCACAAGCCGAAGAGAUCUUCCUCCUGCAGUAUCCGAACCGAGUCCGCACACGACCCUACAACGACCGCACUGGCUCCAGACCUCAAGACGUACGGAUCAAGCCUACUACUGGCUUCAUUGAGCUCGAUGUCAACCUCAACACUGGCUACAACUUCAACAAGUACAAGUCACUACAGUGGGGAGAUGCUUUAAACACCGCUCGGGAUAUCCAGAACAGCUCGGGUACAUAUGGACCCGCGGCAGGGUUCAGUGGUGCGAAGCCAAGGACUGCUGGGCGUAUGGCUGUAAAGGAUCAGGCAGAUCGACAGUUACAAAUCCAACAUGAUCUCGCAGGAUUCAAAAACGCAGAGUCAGACGGUAAAGUGAUGCGCGUACAGACGCUAGGAGGUCAAGUCAUUCGGCACGAUGGGCCAGACGAGAUUGGCAAACCAAUCUAUUUUGUUGGAGCUUUCCGCAACGAUCAACUACACUUGACGAAAGUCACUGGCACUGCGCAGAUGCGUCCGCAAUUUCACCACCUCGAUGCGGAAGAGCAACGUGCUCGCAUCGCUGCUUCACGCGCAUCUGCUGCAGAAUUGGGAGAGCCGCGACCAGCCGGCGAGGCACGAUCGAUCCUGGCCCGAGAGAAGAAGCUGGAUGAUUCAGACAAAGUCAGGCUCGAGGACGUGCUGAGGAAGCAGUUGAGUGCGGCGGAAGCAGAGGAGUGGACGAAGAUGGACUACAUCGACGAAGACAUGCAGGCUGCCUACGAUCUGUUCAACGACAGGAUGUUCGUGAAAGACGUGGAGGCUGCGCCGCGGCUGAAGAGUGAUAUGGACAGUUGGGACUACCUCGAUGCUAUCAGUAAGCCGCGGAGAGGCAGCGUCGGGAGGCGGAGAAGGAAGAAAGGUAAGGAAGUGGAGGGGGUUGAUCUCGAGGAUGGUGAGGACGAAGCUCUGCAGGAGGGUGGUUGA